AUGGGAAGAUUAGCCAAAUAUAAUCUCCCUUAUGAGUGCAUUCUAUCAGAAUUUAAAUGGAUGAACUCAACGACUGCAAUUCCUCAAUUACCCAAUUCAAAAGAGCAAUUAUGGAAGCUAUUAUCAAGAAAUGAUUUGAAUUAUGUUCGCCACUACUAUUGCGUUAGGUGUUCGAGUCCUCUUGGAAGUAAUGAAAAGGCAACAAAAAAUGAUAGUGAAUUGCAUAAAAAACUGAAACGAUCAAAAACAACUGAUUAUAAAAAAUGUACAAGCGAAACAUGUCGAGGCCUUGAUUCCAAAGUAUCUUAUUUUAUUCAAUUAAAACUUUAUCCUCAAUUGCACCAAUUACUAUCGAUUCCAAAUAUCUCAAAAUCAAUUCUCUACCGACAUACGCGCAGAAAAAUAAAUGAAAAUGCUUUAGAAGAUAUUUAUGAUGGGUGCGAAUAUCAGAAAUUAUGUUCAUCGGGUGAAUUUUUAAGCAAUCCAAAUAAUAUGUCUUUUACUCUUAACACUGAUGGCUGUAGUGUUUCGAAUUCUUCUAAAGCAAGUGCGUGGCCUGUCUAUCUGGAAAUUAAUGAACUACCACCACACGCACGCAAAAGACACAUGUUGCUCGCAGGCAUAUAUUGUGAUUUUGAUAAACCAGUAAUGAACAAUUUUCUUGUUAAAUGUAUGUCGGAGUUAAAUGACUUAUAUAGGAAGGGAAUUCAGUGGCUAAAAUCCGAUGGGACUAAAGUUGAAAGUAAAUUUGUACUUCUUAUGUGCAGUGUGGAUUCAAUUGCUCGACCACCAAUUUUACGGAUGACGCAAUUUAAUGGUGACUUUGGUUGUACAUAUUGUUAUUCAAGGGGUUCUACGUCAGAUAAUAAUCAACUUGUCCGAUAUUAUCCUGCAUCCGAACAAAUUCGACUUCGUACUGAUAAAGAAUUAAGACUUGGUAUGUUAAAAGCAUUUAAAGAUAAUAAAAAAGUUAAUGGUGUAAAAGAAUGCAUGCACAGUGUUUAUUUAGGAGUCGUAAGACAGCACAUUCUAUUACUACUGGAUCUUGUAGAUUCUAAAUUUUUUAAUCAUAUCAAUGGACGUACAGCUGCUAUCAAACCUCCUACGCGAAUUUCAAGAUUACCACGGCCAAUCGGAGAAAUCAAAAAUUUUAAAGCGUCGGAAUUCCGUAAUUGGCUUUUAUAUUAUUUUUUAGUUUGCUUCGAUGGAUUGUUAGAAAGUAAAUAUAUGAAACAUUUCGCUUUACUUUCUCAAGCAAUUUAUUACCUCAAUCAAGCAUCAAUUACACUCGAGGAGCUUCAUAAUGCAGAAAUAUUAUUAGAUCAAUAUGUUGAGCAAUUUGAAGAAUUAUUUGGCAUUGAAAAUAUGACUUUUAAUGUUCAUCUAUUGAAACAUUUACCACAAACCAUACGGAAUUGGGGACCUAUGUGGGCUCAUAAUGCAUUCACGUUUGAGUCUUGGAAUCAUCGAAUAAUGGAAUGUAUCAUAAGUCCAAAAGACCGUGUACUCCAAGUCGUCAACCGAUUUUGUAUUAUGAAAUUCAUAUGUAAUAUGUCACAUGAAGAUUCUGUCAGUUUUGACACAAAAUUAUAUCUUAAUUCUUUGUUUCCAUCAUUUCAUUUUGAUGAUAAUGACAGAUCAUUUAUCGCAAAAGGAAAUUCUACAGAUAGUGUACAUUCAUGUAUUCCUCCACAAUAUUCUACAGCUAAUUGUACAUCAUACGAUGACGCAAGAAUUAAUAAUAUACAUUAUCGUAGAAUAGACAAAAAUCCUGAUACCCAAUUUUGUAACAGUUAUGUUUACUGUAAAAAUGUAAGGUUUGGAUGUAUCGAAGAUAUUAUUGAACUAGAAAAGGAUGGUGAAAGAAUCAACGGACUAAUAGUAAGGAAGCUGAAAGUAAAGAAAAAUGUAUUAAACACUACUUAUAUUAAUUUUGUCGAAUCUACAUCAGAGUUGAUAUUUGUACCUAGUAAUGAAGUAGUUGCUCCAUGUAUAGUGAUACGUGAAAUCGAUGAUUGUAAGUACAUAGUGAAACUACCAAACACCUGGGAAAGUGAUUAG